AUCGUGUUCUUGGCAGUGCGCAUGCUUUCGAGAAAUACGCUUGAAGUUACGCUACCAGAGGUUAUCCGAGAUCUGUGAGCGAUACUUUUAAGCGACACACAGACGAGCGACAAGCUGAGAAGUCGAGAGCAGUGAAACGAAUAGCUACGACAUGUGAAUACUAAAAGUACUCGAUCGCGGUGAAUGGAGCAGUGGUGAUAAUCUGUGGUACACACAUAUCGAGCAUCCAGUUUAUCAUCACAUUAUAAGACAUACCCGAAAGACACUUAUUCCAAGCAACAUGAUGAAAAAAACGUCAAUCUUUCUUGUUCUGAUUGCUAUCAUCAUCGGCCUACUGCAAUUAUACCUACCAAACAAGUAUAGCAAUCUUUAUGGCAACGAUACAAGUGGAUCAAGAUUAAUGAAUGUUCUAAGAACAUGUACAGGAAUCUGGGAUUUUUGGAAACAAAGUCAACGUUAUUUAGCCGACCAAAUACCAGACAUGACACCACAAUCCGGAGACACGUAUGAUUUUAUAGUGAUUGGCGCUGGUACGGCGGGCGCGGUUGUAGCUGCGAGACUGAGCGAAAUUUCUCCGAUUAAAGUGCUACUUAUCGAAGAGGGGGCUCAUGAAAGGCUAUAUAUGGAUAUCCCACUAACAGCUGGUAUUUUACAAAAGAGUAAGGUUGUUCGAAAAUAUCAAACCAAAUCAUCCAAUACGUACUGUCUAGGCAUGGAUGGCAAUAGUUGCACUUUGUCGACAGGGAAAGUAGUUGGCGGUUCCAGCGUAGUAAAUUAUAUGGUCGCCACUAGAGGAAACGCUGAAGAUUAUGAUCGCUGGGCCGAAAUGGGAAAUGACGGCUGGGCAUACAAGGAUGUUCUCAAGUAUUUUAAAAAAUUAGAAACGGCACAUAUAUCGGAUACUACCUAUCGUGGUACCGAUGGACCAGUACAUAUCAUUCAACCAGAAUUUCGUACGCCAGUGUCAGAAGCAUUUCUUGAAGCUAGCAAAGAAUUGGGAUACCCAAUUGUAGAUUACCACGGAAAGAACCAAAUUGGAUUCUCAUAUGUACAGAGUAAUAUCAUUAACGGCACUCGCAUAAGUAGCAAUAAGGCAUACUUGAUGCCCAUACGUAAUCGCAGCAAUCUUUAUAUGACUGUUGAAAGCACAGCGACAAAAGUGCUGAUCGAUCGUGCCACAAAUCGAGCAAUCGGUGUAGAAUUCUUCAAACAUGGUCAAACUAUACGAGUGUUUGCUAGCAAAGAAGUCAUUCUGUGUGCAGGUGCUAUCAGAUCACCACAAUUGUUAAUGCUAUCUGGUAUCGGACCAGCGAAACGUCUUACCGAACUAGGCAUAGAUGUCAUACAAGACAUGCCAGUUGGCAAAAACCUUAUGGAUCAUGUUACUUUUUUUGGAUUAUCGUGGAAAAUAAACGCAUCGAUAAGUUUAUUAAUAUCCGAUCAGAUAAAUCCUAUUAAUCCAUAUAUAACGGAUUUUUUAACAAAGCGAAAGGGACCAUUCACGAUUCCGGGCGGAUGCGAGGCCAUCGGUUUCGUGAAUACAAAGGAACCAAAAAAACGUAGCGGCUUACCGAAUAUGGAACUAUUGUUUGCUAGUAGUACAUUUAAGGAAGACUACCUUUUUCCAGAUAUAUUAAAACUGAAUAAUCAUAUUCGUCAGGAAUGGAGUAAAUACGUUGGCACGUAUGGUUGGUCCGUUGUGACAAUAGUGUUAAAACCAAAAAGUCGUGGCCAAAUAACAUUAUUGGCUAAUGAUAUUAAUGUUAAACCAGAGAUUGUGCUGAAUUAUUUCGACGACCCAGAAGACGUCAGAACAAUGAUUGCUGGAAUUAGAACUGUGAUUCGUCUCAGUCAAACAAAAGUGAUGCAGGCAUUAGAUUCCCAGUUGUUAAAUAUUACGUAUACUAAAUGCAACGAUUACGUGUUUGAUUCUGAUGCUUAUUGGGAAUGCGUAAUAAGGAUUGUGUCUUCCACGCUUUAUCAUUAUUCUGGAACUUGUAAAAUGGGAGCAAGGGAAGAUCCAACUGCUGUCGUCGAUCCUAAAUUAAAGGUAAUUGGUAUUCAAGGAUUACGAGUAGCAGAUGCAUCGAUCAUGCCAGAAAUUGUAUCAGGGCAUACAAAUAUACCUGUUCAUAUGAUUGCCGAGAAAGCCGCAGAUAUGAUUAAAGAAGAAUGGGGUUACUUGAAAAAUUCGUAAUGAAAAUAAACUUUUAUAAAGUAGUUACAUUUAGUAUUUUGCUACUUUUUUAUUAUCACUUUAUGAUUAAAACAUCAAUCUAAAGAAUAUUAAAAA